UUCACCAACGAUUAUCAGAGCAACUACUCCGAUUAUACUAACGGCACCAACGCAAGCAGCAACCAGUGCGGAAAAUCUCAAAGAUAUAAUAUUGAUGAUCCGGGAGCCAGCACAAGCCAAGGAGGAGGCAACAAGCAGCAGACAAGUACCGAAGCCCAAGAGCAAUCAAGAAACGGACUCAAGCUCCAGAACUUACUCAAGCAAUUGCAAUUGCUCGCAGAAGAAAACAACGCAAACGGAAUUAACGACAAUACCAAUUGUUAUAAAUUCGCAAACGAAUCCGCGAAUCAUAUUGGUCAAGGUGCCCAGCAGGAGCAGCAGGGCAGAGCAGAUAGCGCCUCGAACGCGUCUUAUAAGAAUACCCUUUUUACCAGGCUCGGUACCAACACCGCCGCCAAUGAAACAGGCUUUGCCUACAAAGAGCAAUUUAGUAAACUCUACAACUUCGGCGACAGCAUCCCCUAUCGCGACUCGGAGCUCGCCGACACCCCAUCACCGCCACCAGCCCGAGCAGUUCUCCGGCAGUUGCAACUCUUUAAACCAAGUCGCGAGCGACCCGACCACAACAGCACUAGGUUCACCGACUUUGAAUACGGUGAUGGUGAAUCAAACGGUAACGGUUUCGAAGACGCCCAAGACAUUGGCGUCCAUGGCUGGUAUACAGCUGACAGGUGCCGACAUGCAGUCCCACCAGGAUAUGAGUGGAGCAAUGCCUACUGCUACAGUUGAAGAGAUAGAUGUUCCGGUGUUCAUUGAUGAAUACCUGCAAGAACUAGAAGCAUCGUCAAAGAGCAGCUGCAGCAAGAUUGAAGAAGAUAACGAAACAGAGAUUUGUACCGAGACGGAUAUAUUUGACUUUGACUUUGACAUAAACCUGAUUGCCGAAGAUUGCAUUGAGCAAAAGGAAAUGGAUCAGUGCAGUCUGGAUAUGGAUAUGGAUAACAACAACAGCGACAUUACCAACAUAGACCUUAUCAAAAUGGAUGACCUAGAAUUUAAGCCCAUGGUGGAUGGAGAGGAGGCAGCCCUUGACAUUGGCUCCAUCUGCAAUGCCAUACUCAUUAAUAAUAAUCAAUACGACGAUAUUUCGCUGCACAACAUGCUGACCAGCUCUGAGGAUCCAGUGCUUGGCACCUUUUCACAGACAUCAAUGCUGAGCGGCGAUCCACACACCAAAUGCUUCGACGAGCUGCCCCUGCUGAGCGAUGAGACCAGCAUGGAUUAUAAUUACAACUACAGUCAGACCUCGUUGGGCUUCAGUCAACUGGAGGUAGCUUGCGAUGAUCUGUUCAGUGUGCAAACCGUUGCUGCUGCUGCUGUGCCAGUUGCACCAGCAAUGACACAGAAGCGUUCAGCUCUGCGUUUGGAUACAAGCAAACCAACAGCAGCUAAUCUAACAGAAGCAAUUAAUACACCCGACAUCAUAGCAACAAUUGCAAGCUGGCUUGAGCCCAAUUGCAACAGCAACAUUAGCAGCCAGGAAAAUAUACUUAAGGAACUCGUCACAGCAGAGGACAACAACACGUCCACCUCAUUCAAUGAUUUCUCAGCACCAAAUACGCCGUACAGCGUCAACUCAGCCAGCACAUAUUAUUCACUAGCACCAGCCUCUCAUCUAGAUGUAGUCACAGCACCCAGCUCACCAGCCUCCGUAGCCAGCGUUGCCAGCAAUAAGCGCAAGCGUGGCCGUCCCGCCAAGGAUCACGCCGACGGCCCCGAUCCGAAGCUCAUCAAGGCCAUGUCGCCCGAGGAGGCCAAGUCAUACACAGAUCGCAUUAAGAAUAAUGAAGCUAGCCGCGUGUCGCGUCGCAAGACCAAACAGCGUGAGGACGAGGAGAAGACUCAGGAAAACGAACUCCAGCUUGUGAAUGAUCAGCGUCGAGCCAUACUGCAGCGUCUAACGACGCAAACGCAGAAGCUGCAUGAUUUUCUUAAACGUAAUCACCACAGCAAUAGUACCUAUGUUAGCCCGCAGCUGAAGCAGUGAGAUUCUCAAACUAUCAUUAAUGCCAUAGUUAAAACUUUCGUACCUCUCGAUUGUCGCAUAUUGCGAUGCAGAGCAUCCUAGUGCUUAAAAAGUCAUCCAUAUUAUUAUAAGUUAAGGUCGUCGCUGUAGUUUGUAGAGCCACAGAAAAAAAACCUACCCAUAAGAGGGUAUUACUUUAAUCAAAAACAAAAAACAAUUGAUUUGUAUUAGCCUUUAAGUUUAUUAUACUUACGCGCCAAUAUAUUGUAUGCGCUUGAUUUAAAAAUUUUUUUACUAUAUGUACGCUAUUAUGUUUGAAAUUAUAAAAUUUUAUGCACACGUUUUAUUUUUUAAACUACGUUUUUAUACUAAUUGUAAACGUCACAACUUAUUAUGAAUAUGUGCAGGCUCGGUAUACGAAAGAGCUGUUAAUUACAAUUAAAUAUAUAAACUUUUAGAACACAAAAAAAUGUUAAAAAAAUAAUAACCGCAAAAAAAUGUUAACAUAGUUAAGAAUGCGUAAAAUAUAUUAUAUGAAAACAAAUUAUUUACAAUAACAAAAUAAAGCUCAUGCCAAGUACAUGACAAAAAACCCAAAAAGAUAAAGUAUUUUGUUUUAGCUGUGUUAGUUUAUUAAAAAAUUUGACUAUACAUAAAAUUUCGUUUAACAGCCCAAAAGGAAAUUAGUUCUCCGAUUUAAAUAACAACACCAAGUUUACUUUUUCUACGGGUCGAAAGGUUAGAAAACAAG